GCCCAGGAGCUGUGGGUGGAGCCGGCGGCCUCACCGUGGUAACCACAGCGCCGCCGCAGCGCCGCCGCAGCCCCGCCUCGCCUCGCAGGCCUCAGGACUGUCAUCGAGGUCUGGUGUCAGGGUACCCUAGACUCCGGUCCCCGGAAGUUGCUCCUCCGACUCUCAGAUAACCCAUCUUUCCCACGCCACCGCCGCCACCGCCAUGCAAGGAGAGGACGCCAGAUACCUCAAAAGGAAAGUUAAGGGAGGAAAUAUUGAUGUACAUCCAUCAGAAAAAGCACUCAUUGUUCAGUAUGAAGUAGAAGCCACCAUACUUGGAGAAAUGGGGGAUCCCAUGUUGGGAGAACGAAAGGAAUGCCAAAAAAUUAUUCGUCUAAAGAGUCUCAACGCUAACACAGACAUAACUUCUCUGGCACGGAAAGUGGUUGAAGAAUGCAAACUCAUUCAUCCCUCAAAACUAAAUGAGGUAGAACAGCUAUUAUAUUAUCUCCAGAACCGCCGUGAUUCAUUAUCAGGAAAAGAAAAAAAGGAAAAAUCAAGCAAGCCUAAAGAUCCACCUCCAUUUGAAGGAAUGGAGAUUGAUGAAGUUGCUAAUAUUAAUGAUAUGGAUGAAUACAUUGAAUUGUUAUAUGAAGAUAUUCCAGACAAAGUCCGGGGUUCUGCCUUGAUCCUACAGCUUGCUCGAAAUCCUGAUAACUUGGAAGAACUACUAUUAAAUGAGACUGCCUUAGGUGCAUUAGCAAGAGUUCUAAGAGAAGACUGGAAACAGAGCGUUGAAUUAGCUACAAAUAUAAUUUAUAUCUUUUUUUGCUUUUCUAGCUUUUCUCAGUUUCAUGGACUUAUCACUCACUACAAAAUCGGAGCUCUAUGCAUGAAUAUAAUUGAUCAUGAGUUAAAAAGACAUGAGCUUUGGCAAGAAGAACUUUCUAAGAAGAAGAAAGCUGUUGAUGAAGAUCUUGAAAAUCACACCUUGAGAAAGGAUUAUGAAAAAACCUACAAAAAGUACCAGGGACUUGUAGUGAAACAGGAACAGCUAUUACGAGUUGCCCUUUACUUGCUUCUGAAUCUUGCUGAGGAUACUCGUACAGAACUGAAGAUGAGGAACAAGAACAUAGUCCACAUGUUGGUGAAGGCUCUUGAUCGAGACAAUUUUGAGCUCCUUAUUCUAGUUGUAUCAUUCUUAAAGAAACUCAGCAUUUUUAUGGAGAAUAAAAAUGAUAUGGUGGAAAUGGAUAUUGUUGAAAAACUGGUAAAAAUGAUACCUUGUGAGCAUGAAGAUUUGCUGAAUAUCACGCUCCGGCUUUUGUUAAACUUGUCAUUUGACACAGGACUGAGGAAUAAGAUGGUACAAGUUGGACUUCUCCCAAAACUCACUGCACUCCUAGGUAAUGAAAACUACAAGCAAAUAGCAAUGUGUGUGCUCUAUCAUAUAAGUAUGGAUGACCGCUUUAAAUCAAUGUUUGCAUAUACUGACUGUAUACCACAGUUGAUGAAGAUGCUCUUCGAGUGUUCAGAUGAACGAAUUGACUUGGAGCUGAUUUCUUUCUGCAUUAAUCUUGCUGCUAAUAAGAGAAAUGUACAGCUUAUCUGUGAAGGAAAUGGGCUGAAGAUGCUCAUGAAAAGGGCUCUGAAGUUCAAGGAUCCACUACUGAUGAAGAUGAUCAGAAACAUUUCCCAGCAUGAUGGACCUACAAAAAAUUUGUUUAUUGAUUAUGUUGGGGACCUCGCAGCCCAGAUCUCCAGUGAUGAAGAAGAGGAAUUUGUAAUUGAGUGUUUGGGAACCCUGGCAAAUCUGACAAUUCCAGACUUAGACUGGGAGUUGGUUCUGAAGGAGUACAAGUUGGUUCCUUAUCUCAAAGACAAACUGAAGCCAGGAGCUGCAGAAGAUGACCUUGUUUUAGAAGUGGUCAUAAUGAUUGGGACUGUGUCUAUGGAUGACUCUUGUGCUGCACUACUAGCUAAAUCUGGGAUAAUUCCUGCACUCAUUGAAUUAUUGAAUGCUCAACAAGAAGAUGAUGAAUUUGUGUGCCAGAUCAUUUAUGUCUUCUACCAGAUGGUUUUCCAUCAAGCCACCAGAGAUGUCAUAAUCAAGGAGACACAAGCUCCAGCAUAUCUCAUAGACCUGAUGCAUGACAAAAAUAAUGAAAUCCGCAAAGUCUGUGAUAAUACAUUGGACAUUAUAGCGGAAUAUGAUGAAGAAUGGGCAAAGAAAAUUCAGAGUGAAAAGUUUCGCUGGCAUAACUCUCAGUGGUUAGAGAUGGUAGAGAGCCGGCAGAUGGAUGAGAGUGAGCAGUACUUGUACGGUGAUGAUAGAAUUGAGCCCUACAUCCAUGAAGGGGAUAUUCUGGAGAGACCUGACCUUUUCUACAACUCGGAUGGAUUAAUUGCCUCUGAAGGAGCCAUAAGUCCAGAUUUCUUCAAUGACUAUCACCUUCAGAAUGGAGAUAUAGUCGGACAGCAUUCAUUUCCUGGCAGCACUUUUCACCCAAGGAUUUCUAAGUGCUUUACCAAUAUGCACUAAUAAAACCUCACAAACGGCCAGAGUCUUGGAAUGGAUGGCUUUGGUCAGCCAGUAGGCAUUCUUGGACGCCCUGCUACAGCUUAUGGAUUCCGCCCUGAUGAACCUUACUACUAUGGUGGCUUUGGGUCACGAUAAAGUCGCCCCUGUCUGUGUGUACUCUCAGAUCAGAAGAAAUCUGUGUGGGAUUGGUUAACUUUGGAACUUGGAUUAAUAAUGCAUGUUGAUACUUCUGUGGGGCUGUGUUUUAUGCUUUUCCAUGUCAUUAGCUACAGAGUGACCCCAACCCCUGUCUUCUGUUAAGUACAACUGAUUCUAACAGUGUUCAGCUCACUCAUCAAGCCACAUCUUGAUGCAAAUAACAUUUCCAUGAGACUCAGUGAAUGUUGAGACACUAGUAGACUGGAAAACAAAUGCUACAUUAUGUACAGGAAGUGAUUGGUUUCCAUUAAAAAGCAGUAUAAAGUAUGAGUGAGCCAAAGUCAUGUGUUGAUGUGGUAUUUCAUAAAUAAUUACAUACUUACAUAAGGUACACAUGAAUUUUUUUUUUGCCUUUCCUACUUGUAAACUCAUUAACAUCUCCUGUGAUAUAUUCUACCUUUAAAUUUUAUUUUAAACCUCAGCUUUUUAUUCCAUGCUAUGUUCCUUAAAAUGUUCCUUCACAAUGGUAUUAACUGUGAGCUUAUUUUAUCACUGUAAGAUAUACUAUAAGUGAUAUUGUGUAUCAGUGUGGUCUUUUAAGUGACUUGGAUUCAUGACCUAAUUGUCUCUUUGAAGCAAAUUUCAUCUCUGAAGAAAAUUGCAUUGUUUAUAAGCUAGAGACUAGGUGGUGGGAACUGGAGAGGUAUACCUGAUAAAUAAUGAGUUUUGAAAACUCAUGAAUGUACAGCAUUUAAAAAUUUACUUGAAAAAAAUCAAGCACAUGAAAUAAAUAUAAUCCAAGGAGUUUCUGGAUUGCCUGCUAUCUCAGGAAUUAUGAAGCCUCAGAACAAUACAUAGAUAAAAGACAAGAUUUCUGCCUUGGAGUUGAAAAUCUCAUUAAUGUUACCAUACUGUUGAACAUAAUUUAUACUUUAGCAUUAAGUAGUAGAGCUGGCAAGAUCCUUUGGAACAACUCAGUGUGUCUGGUGGUAUAAGAAAGUACAGGAUGCUCUUUAGGAACUAUAAAUCUAAGAUGUAGUUGAUGUUCUUGAAGUCACAGCCUAAUUGAUCUUUUUGAAAGCAUACAUUUAUUACCUUAUUAAAACUUGAAAGGGCUUUGAAUCUAUCCUAACUCUCAUUUUUACAGUUGGAAAAAAUUAAAACAAGGAGAUAUUAAAUGACUUUUCCAUGCUUAUAUGUGUAGUCAGUGAGACCUAUCUACUCACUUUUAGAAUAGCAAUCUCAGUAUAAAAUGUCUUCUUGUGAUUUACCAUACACGCAAACUAUAAGUAUAUAUAUAUAUAUAAGUGGCAUUAAUAUAAACAUAAGUCACCUUAUCAACCGACUUAAAUAGAACAUUCCUAGUAAUUCCUAACUUGGAAAGUUAUGCAUGCUUUCCUAUUUAUUUCCAUUACUUUACUACUUUACAAAUUUAGAAAUUAUCUUUCCACUCAGGUGUGACUGGGUUUAGUAUGGCCUUGUUUAUGAAAGAACAUUUACUAAUUAGAUUAUUAAUGUAGAAAACUAACUAUUGUGUACUUCUGAGAAUAAAGAGGUUUGAAAUUGGGCAUUUUUUAAAAAUGUUACUGAAAAUGUGAGUCACAUUGUCUUGGCCUCACCAGAUUUUGACCACGAAUUAAGGUCCUACUUACUUUAAGGAAUAUGUUAGAAAAUUUCUUGAGGGAGAAAGUAAAAUUUUCUUAAGUUUCAAUUUCCUGCAUAUGGUUAUCCAGUUUGUGCAGCACCAUUUGUUGAAGAUGGAUGGACUGGGGCUAUAGCUUAAUGGAAGAGCAUUUGUGUAGCAUUCAUGUAGCCCUGGGUUCUUUAAAAAGUCACCUUGGGGACUGGGAAGAUGUUUUGGUGCUUAAAUACACAUGCUGGCAAAGCCUGCAGGCUCAAGUUUGAUUCCCUAGUAGACAUGUAAAGCCAGGUACACAAAAUGGCACAUGCAUCCAGAGUUUGUUUAUAGCAGCAAGAGGCCCUAGCACCACACAUUCUCAUAUUCACCUCUCUCUCCCUUACUUGAUUUCUCUCUCUCAUUUUUGUGCUACCAGGGAUUUAACCUAGACCCCUUGUAUAUAUUAGGCAAAUAAGCACUCCACCACCGAGUGCAUCCCCUGCCAAGAGACGGAUAGUCUUUAAGAAAGAGUCUGGAGAGAUUGCUUAGUGGUUAAGGCUCUUGUCUGCAAAGCCAAAGGACCUAGGUUCAAUUCCCUAGGACCCACGUAAGCCAGAGUUGCACAAGAUGUCACAUGCAUUUGGGGUUGGUUUGCAGUGGCUAGAGGCACUGGUGUACCCACUUUUUCCCUCUCCCCCCCCCCCACUAUCUCUCUCAAAUAAAUAAAUAAUAAAAUAUUUCUUUAAAAAAAGAAAAAAAGAUUUCAGAAGGUACACUUUCCAUAACAAAAGUGCUUUUUAAAUAAUGCAAAAUUACCCAUCAGUAGAAUGAGGAAGAUACAAGGUAAUGAUAUGGACACUGAAAACAGACUGGCAAAUAUAAAUAGUUAUUAUGAAACUAAAUGCUAAUGUAAAAUAUUUUUUCCUGAAAAAUUAUACAUGACAAAUCCAGUGAUAAAUGAUGUAGUUUUAAGACUCAAAAAGUAAGCUGAAGGGAUAAUGUUUGUGAGACCUUUCAGCAUCUCCCAUCCAACUUGGGCUUUGAGUACAAAGGGAGAAGCCUUCUCUGAGAAUUCAGGCAUGGCAUUUGAAAGACUUUGAGGUUUGAAUUUAUAGUAUGUAUAUCAAAUAAACAAGCUCUGGAGCACCUGACAGAAACAAAUUCUUCAGAGGAAUGUACUUUCAACUCAGGUUCCACAGAUGAAGAUCAACUUCAGCACAAGCUUGCAUGGAAAAAUUACAGGAGGUGGAAACAAGCCACACUAGCAGGAGAAUGAGGCUUCUGCCUCCAUGAUCUAGAGAUUGCAAAGCAAAUCUACUUAAAAGUUAAGUAUGGAAGCCAAAAUAUGAGGAGGAAAGAUCAGACAUGAAAAACUAAACAUUGUAGAGGUAAAACAUGUUUGCUAAGCAGAGAAAGAGAGAUUCGACAAGGAAAUGAUGCUAGAACUUUUAAUUCCUUGUUUUAAUUUUCCUGCGUGUCUUGUACAUUGAAUAUAUUCCUCCUGUGCUCUCCUAUUCCCUCUCCCAACCCCUUUCUGUUAGUCCCUGUGUUCUUCUAGAUAAUGGCACUCCUACUUUCUUGUCAUAUAUAUCUCCAUGAUUUUAUGUCUCUAUAUAAAAUCAAGGAACUGCAAAUGAGAAAACAUGACAUUUGUCUUUCUAGAUUGACUUAAUUUAACAUGAUCAUAAUCAGAUGCAUCCAAAUGAUGUAACAUUUUUUAUGACUGAAAAAUUCCAUUGUGUAUAUAUUCUACUUGUUCUUUAUCCACUCCUCUGGUGUUGAACAUGUGUAUUGGUUCCAUAACUUAGCUAUUGUGGAAAGCUAUAAUAAACAUUGAUGUGCAGAUA